CGCUGUGAGGCGGGCGGAGAACCGCACAACCGGGCGUGGCGUCCGUCAUCCCGCCUCCCCGGAAGCGACAGUUACUGCGGUAACGGCGGAUUGAUUUCCGACAGGGCGGCGGCCGGCGCCGAGCAGCGGGUGGAUGGACAUGGUGCCCAGCAAGGGCCGGCAGGGCAGGGGAUCGCGGGCCGCGCCCGGCCCGGCCGGUAGCUGCGGGCUCCAGCUGCUGAUCCAGGCAUCCGCAAUACCCAGUAAAACCAAACCAUUUGACUUCAGGAUAAAUAAAGAAUCACCAUCCCUUCACAACAGACUUCUGCAGCAUGACCUGGAAAAAAACUAUUCAGGAAGACAAGGAGACCCGAGAGUGUUGAGUCCUUUGGUGCGCAAUAAGCAGCUGUAUCUUCCAGUGCCAUCCACUCUGACAGAGCUUUCUGGUUUGGAGUUCAAGCAAAACGCAGGUUCUUUAUCUGGAUUUGGGGAGUCUUCUAUACAUGCAAAACCCAGAUCCCGACAAAGCAGUCACAGCAUUAGUUCACAUGCUUCGGAUAACACCAAUUUUGGGAGCAGUUCAUCAAUAACAUUUCCUGUCUUGCAACGUACCGCUGAGGAAAAAAUCCUGAACUCGGAUAGACUUACCCUGGAAAGGCAGAAGCUGACAGUGUGCCCAGUUAUUGAUGGAGAAGACCACCUUCGCCUCUUGAAUUUUCAGCAUAACUUUAUAACCCGGAUCCAGAAUAUUUCCAACCUGCAGCACCUUGUUUUCUUAGAUUUGUAUGAUAACCAGAUAGAGGAAAUAAGCGGGCUUUCAACUUUGAGAUCCCUGAGAGUUCUUCUUUUGGGCAAGAACAGAAUAAAGAAGAUCUCAAAUCUGGACAGCCUAAAAAAUCUUGAUGUUUUGGAUCUUCAUGGAAAUCAGAUCACUAAAAUAGAAAACAUCAACCAUUUGAGUGAACUGAGAGUGUUAAACCUUGCCAGAAACCUUCUGUCCAUUGUAGAAAAUCUUAACGGACUGGAUUCACUUACGGAGCUCAACCUUCGUCAUAAUCAAGUCUCUGCUAUAAAAGAUGUGGAUACUUUGCCCCGUCUCCAGCGUCUGUUCCUCAGCUUCAACAAUAUAUCUAGUUUUGACGAUAUUCUGUGCCUUGCUGAUUCCUCAUCUUUGUCAGAUAUCACCCUUGAUGGCAAUCCAAUAGCUCAGGAGACAUGGUACAAACACACUGUUCUCCAUCAUAUGAUGCAGCUCCGACAGCUAGAUAUGAAGAGAAUCACAGAAGAGGAAAGACGCAUGGCAUCUGUUGCAGCAAGAAAAGAAGAAGAAAGGAAGCGUGAAAGUCAUAAACAGAGCUUGCUUAAGGAAAAGAAACGGUUAACAAUUUGUAAUAUUGCUCGCCAGUGGGAGAUACAGCAGAAUCGAAUAGAACUUGAGGCUUCUUUAAACCAAGAUAAAGAUAACCAGCCUUGUCCGAUCAAUGGCAGUGCUGCAUAUGUAUUUCCCGAAGAAAGCAGGUCUCUUGAUACAAUAUUGAACAGCGCAGUACAAGGCUUGUCUGUCCUCGAGUCUCAUCUGGUGGAACUGGAAGGAGACACUCUUUACUUGUAUGGUUCUGGGGCACUGGAGUGCUUGGAUCGGAACUGGAGUGUUCAAACAGCUGGAACCAUUGUCACAGUGUCCUUUGUGUUCAUAGAAUUUGAUGAAAUUGUGCAAGUGUUAACAAAACUGAAGAUAAAAUUUCCCAAUUCUGUGCACCUGAAGUUUAAGGAGACAAAUCUUGUGACCCUGCAGCAAUUCAAUGCAUUAGCCCAGCUGCAUCGCAUGGAACAGUUAACAGUUGAUCCGCAGGGAAAUCCAGUUGUUAACUUUACUCUGUGGAAAUACUAUGUUCUGUUUAGAUUGAACCAUUUUAAUCUACAGAAGAUAAAUGGAAUUGAGGUUACUCAAGAUGAUGUUGUAAUGGCAGAAAGGCUCUUUGGCAUUCUGGCAUAUGUUGCAUCUUCUGAGCUGCCCCGUUACCGCUUGCUUUCGUCAUUUGGAGAAUCUAGGAUGAAGCAGUUCAGUUAUCUUCUGGAGGGAAAGGGGAAGAAACCUGGGACUGGAAAUGAGGAAAGUAGUGAUAACAGAAGAGCUGGGAGAGAAAGCUCUGCUCGAGCAACAUUGAAUUAUGUCACAAAGGACUUUCAUAUGGAGAAGCUUGAGGAAAUAAAGGAAAGAAAAGCUUUUUGCCAAACAUACGUCAAGAAUUUGGUGAAAGAAGCUGCUGACAUCCAUAUGAAAAACGAGUCCUUGCAGAAGCUUUGGCCUCAAAUGUUCAUUGAACUCGUCAGAGAUGCAGUGAUAGAAAUACGCAAUAAAAAUUCCUACAUGAAACUCAGCUUACAGCGGAUCACUGAUCAAAAACAGUAGAAUCAAGGCCUGUUUUCUUGCAAGCUUUUGGUUUCUAGUUUGGAUAAUGAUUCACAAACUUAAAACAAUAGAAUGUAAAAUUACCAUCAUAAUGAAACACAUCCUUACUACCCCUUUGCUUCCCCCCCCCAUCAUACAAAGGUUACCUUUAAAUCUUAAUUAACUCUGUUUUUGUAGCUUUCUUGAUAGUGUUCAAUUACAAAUUAACUUGCAUAAAGCGUUAGCAGUGCUUCCUUGGAUGAAGUAAGAGAUGGCAUAGAAGUCACUCAGUGGUUAUGCCAUGGUUCACUGCAAUCUUGUUCAUUUUUUUUUUCUGCUAUCCUUGCUUUGGUAGUGCUAUAGCAUUGAUGUUAGAGAACAAGAGUACAAGCUGCUUAUUUAUUUAUUUAUUUAUUUAUGCUAAACAAUUUCUGAUUGUCAACUUUUUGACCAUUUCCUGCUGUCUUUUAAAAAACAAAAAACAAAGCAAUGGAAUAUUAGCAAAUUUUUUAACAAUCAAAGCUAUUAAAUUAUUGCAUUUAUAUCCUAAGGUCAAUGAAUGCUUUAUAUUAUUUGAUUAGUCAGAUUAUGGAACACAUUUUCAGACCAUGUCCAUGACAGUUCUUGACAUAUUUAAUUAUCCUAAUUCUUAACUGAACAAAUGGCCCAAACUGGACUUGAAGUUCUUUUUUCAUUAAUUUAUGUUAGUUGUGUGAAUUAUUAUAGGUAAAUUAUGAAAUUGGGGAUAUUGUACUGAAGCUUUAUUUUUAUUCUUUUAUAAUUUAUUGACAUAACAAAUUAUUACUUUUUGAGCUUUGUUGAAUAAGGUCAAAUGAACUGAAAAGCACGCAUUAAAUUUGAUAAGGAAACUGUUGAAUGCUGUUCAGUUGUAAUCACUGUUUCAUUUCUGUGUCUGUGUGAGAAUUUCAGACCUUUAUCAAUAAGAAUGAAUUACUCACUUUUACCUUUCACAGAUAAUUGGAGGAAGCACUAUAUGCAAGGAAACACUUGUCCUUAAUGCUGCAUGAAGAGAUGAGAUGCAACUUGCCCUCAAAAUCUAAAACACAUUCCAUAGUCUGUUGUAAAUACCAUAUUACUUCUGCCCAGAAAUUGAAUUUAGGAAAUGCUAGAAAGUUCAACUGAUUCCUGUAGCUGGUGUUUAUAUGUGGCUAGAAAGUUGUGCCAUUUGAACUUAUGUUUGGCAUUCUGUGUAUCUUACUACAAGAAUCCAAAUUCUUCAUUAUUUUUUUACUCAAUUCAAAUUGGUCAGAUUUUAUGUAAGCUCACUUAUAGGGGAAAAGAAAAAAACAAAUUGUAAACCAAAGCAAACUUCUUGGAAUGGUUUAUAUGGCUCUGAACUACGUUGUUUUUCCUGCUUUACGUGAACAAGGCUGCCUGGCAAAGCAGAGGUAAGUUUCUAUGUCCUGAAAAAGGCUUUGAGUCAGUAGCAGGACUCAGGUCAAAUCUUUCUUGGAACACAGUGUAUUUGCAAUCAGAUAACGCUGAUGUAUCUCAGUUAUCAGAAGGAACUCAUUUCCAGAGCAUUUUACAGGCUAAUGGUGACAUGCAUACCACUAAGUAUAGCUUCCAAGUAUUUUUCUUUUGGUUUAUGGUAUAUGUGAGCUUCAAAAGCAUACUUGCAGAUAGUUACCUUUUAGUAUUUACAGAAUUAGAGGUUAAAUUGCUUUAAAUUUCAUGAAAUAUUAAAAAUACUGAAGAAACUGCCUCAGCAGUCAUCAAUUUUUAAUAGAAUUAAUCACCCCUUCAGGCUUUUUGAACAGUUGAAUGGAAUUUAAAAAAAAAAGGUGAAUGUAUUUGAUAGGAUUUCUUUUUUCUUUCUAUUGGAAAACCACUCUCUCAAGUUUUAUGGUGCCUUUUUAUUAAGGGAACACAUAAAGUCCAUAUGAAAAGGGGGCUGUGUAGGGGUGGAGGUGGGGAGAAGAAUUAGGGUUGCUAUAUAGAUAUGCCAUCAGUAUAGAAAGAAACUUGCAAAAGUUUUUUGGAUCUAUCAGUUACUUUACGUCAUUUCUGUGCAAGGAGGGGCAAGUGGAGCAAUUCCAGCUUCUGCAUGGGGACAAAAAGCUCAGCAGCUGUGUGAAAGUGCAAAACUCUCUUGAUGAUAUAGCCAGAGCAGAUGGGCCCCUUUUGAAUCACAUUCAGCAGUAAUAAAACAUUGGAAAAAAAUGCUUUAAGAAGGGUGGGUAGGCCUAGGAGAACAGGAAGUUCUCCAUGGGAAAAUCCAGAGAAAAGCCAGACUUUGUGAUGCUGAGGCUUUAGAGGUGUAACCCUGAUUGAAGGCUUUAAGGUAUGAUCUUGGAAAAAAACAAGUGACAUAAAGUAUAAGGUAUUAACUGUGAAUUGUAUGAACUUCUCCUCAGAAUGCUCUGUAUCCCCAGUAAUCUGUGAAUGCUGCGAGUUUAAUUAUUUCUGAAAACGAAUGAAUGAGGGACUGAAGUGAUGUUAGGCCUAAAUACUUUGGGUUCUGAACUGCCAGGUGAUUUUAAAAUUGUUAGUAUGUUAUGUAUAGCUUAUAUAUGCAUCAGAUUUGUUUAUAUCAAUUCAUGCAUUACUGUGACCCAUUACUGUAGUUGCUUAUUAAUGAGUAUCUGAGUCACUACAAAUACGAAGCCGGUAGAAGCAGCAGGUUGAUACAGAUUCUGAAAAUUAAAUGCUGCGUACAUAAACUUUCCAUCUGUUCACAUGUAUAAAUCAAGGAGUUAAAAUAGCCGUUGACUUUUAAGCUGACGACCUUUUACUAAAGCCUUCCAGGAUGGAAAGUGUUGUUCUCUUGCUUCAAAAGCCUCUAAGUGCUGCACAGAACCAUAUUUUGAUACCUCCUGUAUUUCAUUCACCACUGAAUAUGGACCCUUGUGUUCCUCAUGUGUAACAUGACUUUGUGCACAAGACAGGAGGUGUAAUUGUAUAAUUCACAUAUAUCAACUAGAAAUCAUCUUAAAGAGUAAAAUAUUUCAGUCAGAAGCGUAUCUUUUUAAACUUUUUCAUUGAUUGAUGCAUUGUUCUUGUUUUCUGAGAAAAAUUUCCUCUGUUUCCAGCUAUGGGUGGAUAAUAAUGUAUUUUACUUUGAUUCAGUUUUGGUUUAGCUUUGUCAUGCAUGAAGGCUCCAUUAUGUCAUGAAGUCAUCGUUUAUUCUGCAACUGAAAUUUUGCCCUUGGUAAGGAGGCUGAUGAAGAGCUGUAUUUCAUUCACUUCAUUUGAUAUAUGAUCAGAGAAAAUAAUAUAGCUGCAGAUAAGCCACCAAAGUGGAACAAAGAGAGGUAUGAUUCACUUAGAGCAAACCAAAAGCUGAUCCUGUCAGUUUUGAGGAAUAAAAGGUACUGGGAAGAGUUCUAUCAGAGCACAGUAAAGUAAGUAAAACCAAUUUACUGACUUGGGCCAAGUGUUUGUUUUGAAAGCUGUUUUAUAUCCCUCAACUACACUGCCUACAAAAGCAGAGUAUCUUGUCUGAUACUAGAGAUGGUCGUACUUAUAUAAAUUAUUUAAUAUUAAAGAUUAACCUAUCGAAACAUCAAUGUUCUGCAAAUUUUGGCAGUUGUACAAACAUUCUGCAGAUUUACGAUUUCUUUCUUUGUCAAAGCUGUCAGCUGUAAAAGUAACAUUUAUGCUUCUUAUUGCUAUUUUUUUUAUCACAGUGAAGCAACACAAUUAGUUGCUUUUUGUUAGAUAGUUUAGUUAAAGAAGCUGAAGCAAAUGCCUGCUAUUUCAUAUUGUUAAGCAAAAUGAACAAAUGCAUAAUAUAGUUUGAGAAGUUAGUACUCCGAUUGAAAAUCAUGGUAAAACCACUUUGUUUUAAUUUGGGACAGACUACUUGAACAUUCUGGUUCUCACAUCACAUAAACUUCAUCUUGAAGUCUGGUAUCAGUGCAAUCAUUUUCUCUUUGGUUUAAAUUGGAGCCAUCAGUCUUUCAGAGAACUAUGAAAAUUAGUGCUUUGUUACUCGCAUGUAGAAGGAGUGGGAAAGGAUAAGAAGAGCUAUCACUUUGCUCUGUAGUGUGAUAACAUUGUAUACACUCAGAAAUCAAUGUAAGCUGAUUUUUGUGUGUAAAGAGUAUAGGUUACACACACCUCAGAUCUUUUUACAAAAGGCUAAUUAGUAUUUUCUUAUAUGUAACUACAGAUAUCACUUGAUAGCUGGAUCUUCUUUUACAUGAGCUAAAAGAAGCUGAAUUUAAGGGACUGUUUAUAUAACCUGAGGAUCCAGUUUUGUUGGCCGGCUUUGCUAAACUUCUGUUAUCAGGAAGAAAGACAAGCUUAUCUGGAGGAACUCUUUUAUUUGUCCACUGUGAUUUUAAUUUAAAAAAAAAA